AUGUCUCGUCCGCGCUGGUCGCGCCUGAUGGUUCUUCCGCGCGAGGCUCCGCGCGGGGGUCCGGACAACGCGCGCCACGUCUUCCGCGGAGUGCGCCAGCGCAAGUGGGGCUCCUGGGUGGCGGAAAUCGCGCACCCGCGCGUCAAAUCGCGCGUCUGGCUCGGAUCCUUCCGCACGGCGGAAGCAGCUGCAAGGGCGUACGAUCGCGUUGCUCUCAAGCUUCUCGGCCCUUCCGCUCUUCUCAACUUCCCCCAGCCUCAGGCUUCCCCACCCGGCCCUCUAUCACUGGGGCCUGAAGCCCCUGAAGCACCUAAGCCUCUAGUAGGGUCUGGAGCUUUGGAGGCUGCAUGGGCGGAAACCCCAGGCUACAUGCGAGCGCUCCCCGCUGGCGCUUCCCCUUCAGCUUACCCUGCCGCUGCGAAUGAAGUCACCACGGCCCCUGACAAGGCCCAGGCUGAAGCACGUCCCCUGGCAUCGCAGGGUGGCCCAGUCAACAAGAGAAGAGCCCUGCACGUUGCUGGAGGAGUCGCGGUGAAACCCGUCGCUCCGCCCGUGCUGUCCCCAUCAACCAAUCCGAGCACAGCAGCAGGCGUUUCGGCGCCGCCUCUGCCUCCCGUGACCAGCCUGGCUUCCCUUCUUUCCUCUUCUGCGUGCCCCUUCAGUCCCCCAGCUGACCCAACAGUUGGCACCCACAUGAGCUUUCCUACUCUCACUGCGGUUGAGAGCGGUUCCACAAUUCCUGCUGCUGCCACUCCCACUACCAGUACCUGUGGUGGUGUCUCGGCGUUGCAUAUGAGAGUUGAGAUGCUGCAGCGGCUGCUGUCGCCGCCGUCGAGGGACAGCACGAGGGCACAGACGCUCGAUCAUGCUGCAGCCAGCGCAGUUGACGCCACCUCUGCUUUUGACGUUAGCCCUGUUGCUGCUGCUGGGAAUAGGGGCGGCCCCGUUGCUGCUAAAGGGGAAGGGCUGCCGUCCCUGCCGGAUCAUGUAUCAGCGUGUGUUGCGAUGCUGGCGGCUCUGGGCGCUGGUGUCUUGCUCAAUGCACCUGUGGCUCCUGCUGUGUCUACUGCUGCUGCCCCUGCUGCUCUUGAUGCUGCCCCUGGUGCUGCUGCUCCUGUUUCUCUGGCCACUCCUGUUUUUCCUGCUGCUCUGCCUGCUGCUGCUCGUUCCAAAGCCCCUCCUGCACAGGCACCGGCAAUGCACAGAAGCUACUCGACCCUGCCCCUCCCUCCCCCUUCAUGCGGCAUCAUCCCGGUCACUUGCCUCUCGGAACCAUUCACUCCUCGGAACCGCAAUGCAAGCCUUUAUUCUGCCACCGCUGGUGCCAGCACUGGUGCUGUCUCAAGAAAAAGGUCAUGGGAGCAGGCUGUGAUGCCAAUACAGUCACAUCGUUCAGUUCUUACAGUCACACCUGGGGACGGGCAGCUGAAGGCGCUGCUGCUGGAGAUGGAGGAAGAGGACAAGAGAAGCAUAAGGGAGGCUCCGUGCUUAGAGACAUCCAAGCAGGUUGAGACGCUGCUGCUGGAGCUUGAAGAGGAGGAGAGAAGGGUGAAGAAAACACUCUGGGUACAGCAACCAGAGCAGGUUCAGACGCUGCUACCUGGAUCAAACAGCCCUCAGCAAAUGCAGCAUCAGGUGCAGGCAGCAUUGCCGCCUUUCCCUCAGAUGCACUCAGCGCAGCAUGGUCAUGUGUCAGCUCAGCAGCAAACCACGGAUGCCUCGCUGGACUCUCUACUGCAGCAGCUGGAGGCGACACAGGAAGAAACAGGAGCAGCGGCCAGCAGCAGCAGCAGCAGCAGCAGCAGCAGCAACACUACUAGCACCAGCAGCGUCAACAGUCAAACGGCGUCUUCUCCUCCAGCCUCCUCCGCGGCUUCUCCUGCGGACGAAGCGGAGGAAGUUACCCGGAAAUGGGGUCUCGAAGCCGGGCUAUGGAAGGCUGGGAGCAACGCCGAAGUGGCAAAGGACCUGCUGACUCGCUACGGAGGGGCGUACCUCGGGACCUCCAUCGCUCUCUCCCUCGUCUCCUUCUCUCUCUGCUACCUGCUUGUGGAUCAGGGCGUCGACGUGGCUGGGCUUCUUGACUCGGUAUCCACCCUCUCUCCCUCACUCCCCCUCGUCUCCUUCAAAAACCUCUCCCUACCUCAGUUCGGUCUGCAUGCAGACAGCACAGGGGAGGCAUUCGGUCUGCAUGUGGACAGCACAGGUGAGGCAGUGGGCACCUUCGCCAUUGCCUGUGCGGCCUACAAUGCCCUCUUAACCCCUUUCUCUCUCCCCCCAUCCCCCCUGUUCUCCCCCCAUCAGUUGGGUCUGCAUGUGGAUAGCACAGGGGAGGCAGUAGGUACGUUCGCCAUUGCAUAUGCGGCCCACAAGGCCCUCUCUCCUGUUCGCUUCCCUCCCACCGUCGCCCUCACUCCGGUGGUGGCUGGUUGGUUGGGGAAGAACAAGGAGAAGGAGGGGGAGAGCAAGGGGGAGUGA